AUGUCCAGGAGUGCCCCUGAGGGAUGGCCACAGUGCUGGGAACGGCGCCCUCCCUGGCCCCUCUGAAUCUGAAGAAGGAGGGGCUUCAGGUAGUGAAGCAGGAUCACUGCUCUGCUUGGGGACAAGCCCUUGAGCAAAGAAGCGGCACGGGCCUUGGACAGGAGCCGUGGCGUGAGCAGUUCCGGCAGCUGCGCUAUGAGGAGUCCCGGGGGCCCCGCGAGGCGCUGGGCCGGCUGCGCCAGCUCUGCCGGCUGUGGCUGCGGCCCGAGACGCACAGCAAGGAGCAGAUGCUGGAGCUGCUGGUGCUGGAGCAGUUCCUGAGCAUCCUGCCCGGGNUCUGUCGCCAUCCGGCCGUGCCCCCAACGCCUCCUCGGCGUCCCACCCUGAACCUCAGGCGUCGAGCUGGUGAUGACAAACGCCCAGAGACGCCGGUGGCGGCUCAGGAGACCUCGGUGGCAAUGCCGCCUCCCGGGCUCUCUAGGACCCUCGUCUCGGUGGUUGUCCCCGAGUUAACCCAUCAUCGGGACGAAAAGCCUCCAACAGCCUCCGCCGGCGCCUCACGGCCCACGCGGAUGGAGCGUCGCUUGGCAACCGGCCGGAAGCGGAAGUUGUGCCGGCCACCGGAUGCGGAAGUCGUGCCGGCCAGCGGCAAGCGCCUGCCGUCCCGGUCCCGGUCCCCCGAGGACACGCCGUGCUCUCGGAGGCGGCGACGCCCCUCGUCCAGGAGCGGCCGGUCCCGCUCUCACUCGCGCGGCCGCGAGGGCCCCGGGCGUCCGUGGGGCGGGGCGGGCGCCGGCGCUUCUUACCGACUCAGUCGCUCCGCGGAGCGGCCCGGGCCCCGCAGCUCCGCUCUCUUGUCUUCCACCCACCACGACCGUCACCAGCGGGGUGCGGGCGACCGGCGGCGGGCGGAGGAGGGCGAGAGGGCGCGGGAGGAGCGCCGUCGGCAGAGGCGGCUGAAGGAGCGAGCGAGGGUCGCGGAGACGGGCGCCCCCGAGGUGUGGGGGCUGUCGCCCACGUGUCCUGAGCCGGAUCCUGACACCACCGUGGACGAUGAAGAGGUGAAGGCGCAGCUAUGGCUGAUUCUUAACCAUCGCGCCACUCGNGCGGUGGCCGCGUUGGAGAACAUGGAGGCCGACACCGGGGACGCGGGACAGCAGGUGGGGCUGUGCUGUUUUGCAGAAAAGCAGGAAGACCCGGACCGGUCUAAGGAGCAGGACACCGACCCUCUGCGAGCCACGCCCGUGCAGCAGGUCCCACCCCCAUGUGAGGCUCCAGCGCCUGCAGAGGACAAGGGUGAGGCAGCAAGGAGUGAGAGAGGGAGGCUGGUUGUAGAGACAGGCUGUUGUGGAGUGGAAUCACCUGCAAAAAUACCAGAGCCCACAGAGACUCGCUAUGAAGACUCUGACUUGGAAAGGCAGCAGGCCAAGGCCACGGCCAAGGCGACAACUGACUGUAAGUGCUCAGCACAUGGGGAUGGAGUCAUCCAGCACUCGGACCCAACUAAACACGACGAUGCUCACAUGGGAGGAAAGCUCUAUGACUCUGAAGUGUGUCAGAGCACCAGUCGCACUGGACGUCAGAAAGUCCUCUCUAGAGAGAAAGGCCAUCAGUGUCAUGAGUGUGGGAAAGCCUUUCAGAGAAGUUCACACCUUGUCAGACACGAGAAGACCCAUCGUGGUGAGAAGCCCUAUCAGUGCAAGGAGUGCGCCAAAGUGUUCAGCCAGAACGCAGGCCUGUUGGAGCAUCUCAGAAUCCACACUGGGGAGAGGCCUUUUCUGUGCAUCCACUGUGGGAAGAGCUUCAGGCGCAGCUCCCACCUUAACCGACACCAGCGGAUUCACAGUCAGGAGGAGCCCCAGCAGUGCGAGGAGUGUGGAAAAACCUUCAGUCAGGCCCUGCUCCUCACCCACCAUCAGAGGACCCACAGCCGCUCCCGAAGCCACCAGUGUGCUGAGUGUGGGAAAGCCUUCAGUUUGACCUCAGACCUGAUUCGACACCACAGGAUCCACACUGGAGAGAAACCCUUCAGGUGUCACGUGUGCCAGAAAGCCUUCCGACUAAACUCUCACCUUGCCCAGCACGUGCGGAUCCACAAUGAAGAAAAGCCCUAUGAGUGCAGCGAGUGCGGAGAAGCCUUCAGGCAGAGGUCAGGCCUUUUUCAGCAUCAGCGAUACCGCCACAAAGACAAAGCGCUUGCUGAGACACCCUGUCCCUGUGGAACAUCGCAGUCCGUUAAACAGCACACGACACUGCAGGAGAAGCCACGCUAGCCAACUCUGGCCUUAGAGGCUUCUUGGCCGGUGUGGAGGCCAUCUGCCCGCCUCUCCACUUUGUUUUCCUUGAAGUCAGUUUGGGGUCACAAUAAUUUGACCCUAGGUAGUACUGUGGGCUCAGAGUGGAACAGCAGCCCUUACUGCAGGACUUCUCAGAGCCUUUAACACAGCGAAGGCAUGAUGCUGCACCUCCAAGUAGUAGACAGCCUCGUGACUGAGGGGGGGCUUUAAGGACAGCAUUGAAUUAAGGGUCCACAGAUUUACAGGCUUAAGCCAAACAAGAGCAGGUAGAUAUUUUUUCAGAUGCUGCAACAGACACCUAUACAGUGAAACUAAUAAUGUUUGGAAAUAUGCCAUACUCAAAGGUGUCUUACAGUGCAGGUUAAUGGCGACCACUUCCCCAAACCGACCAGCAGAAGCCUUUGGGAAGGCAAAGAUAAUCUAAUCUUACCAUUUCCCACCCUCAUCCCUGCCACAAUACCUCAUUGAUUUAAGUUAGCAAUACAGGUUUUAUUUACACUAGAGAAGCGAUUUCAUUUGAAUCAAUCCAGGAAGCUGCUGUCUUAUCUGACAACUCCAGAGCCAGUAUGGUGACUGCUGCAUAGGCACGAGUCAGUAAAUGUCUGGAGGGAGGAUUUGGACUUUUUUUCUUUAAUACUGGUGAUGCAGUUUUAAAUGUUGCUUGUUCUGCAGUUCUUUGAAAGUCAGACAAUAAAAUCGGCUUGGAGGAGACGAUCGUUGUAUUAUGAAUACCAAAUGUCAUCGUAGUGAUGAAGAAUACGAGGCCAGGAGACUCCGCUUCCAAACCCGUCACCUGGGUGGUGAACAUCCCUGAUUGGUGGUAGCUGCUUAGCAUUCUGCUGUCUGGAAAAGGCUUCUCAGUCAGCCAUAGGAGUGGGGAGAUAGUGAACCAUCGUGGCUUGCUAAGGGUUUGGUUUGGCUACAUGUGGUUUAAAAACAAAAAGAGCAGGAGUGACUUCAUAAAAGUUUGUUUUUCUCUGAAAUAGACAAUGCCGGAGACGAGCUGUCCAGGACUGGUAAGGUGGUUCAGUGACAUCAGUAGGGGCUCUGGCCUCUGCUCCUGCCAUCCUAGUGCCCGCCUUUAGUCCUUAAGGUCAUCACAUGAUCCUCGAUGGCUGCACAAGCUCCAGCCAUCACAUGCCAAACGUGGACAAAAGGAAGCUCCUCCCAAUUCUGCCAGCUCUCUGAGCAGCCUUCCCACAAACCGCUUCAGCACGAUGUCAGAGGCCAACAGUUAGGAAAGGGAGGCUGGAAAGUGUAUCUUACUCUGGGUUGCAGCGUGCCUGCUGAAAAUUAGGCUUCUGUCACUAAGAGUAAAGGAGAGAAUGAACGCCCGAGUAGACACCAGUUUUUUAUCCACUUCCUAUUCCUUCUCUCACACACACACACACACACACACACACACACACUCUGAUCUGACAGUGCACGCCAACCAGAAGCCACAGUUAAUACCAUUUUCUGUAGGAAAAGCAGCUGUAACUUUUUGAGAAAUAAAAGAAUUUCAUGGAAUGUCAGUCAUAGUCCACUGCUUAGGAAGCCAUAAAGCUAUGUAUCUUCUGCCUUUAUGAGUACAAUUAAGUUGAUAUCAGGGAUUUUCCUUAAAAUGUUUUGAGGGCUUUGCUGAGUUCAGUAUCUAAACAUUUAGCUCCAUGUCAUAGUUUAAACCUAUCUGUUUCUGUUCAGUUUAAGAAGGAAAGAACAUAGAAUAUCUUUAUUCUCAUUAAAAAGUAAUGACAAGAUUCCAAGUAUGAAGGUGUGUGUGUGUAUACAGAACAAAAUGCAAAUGUUAUCACAGAUCUCAAUAAAGGUUUUGCUUGCAAUGUAAGACAUCCUAGACACUCUGAAAGUUAAGUUAAAAGUCUAUUCAGAGGGCAGGAGCACAGUGAGGAUGAACUGUGUUGCAGCAAUAACUUCUGGUCAGGCAUUUCUGUUUGAGUAGUAUCCUGAAACAUCGAAGUACAGCGUGGAAGGGGAAGUCUGUCUCUAUUUCCCACUUACUCUCCUGUUUAAAAAAACUGAUAAACUUAUUACUACAUAACGCAAUUAUAAAAGUAGUGUGGAAAAACCACCCUAAUUUCCACAUGUCAGAAAUAACCACUGGUUGUGUGUGUGUGUGUCUCUGCAUGUAUAUAUAUAAACACUAAAUUGUGAUCAUU